GUUCCCAUACAGUCUUGCGCAGUGUCUGCACCAGACCAGACACUCUUUGACAACUCAUUUAGAUACUAUUCAUAUAGCGUCUUCAAAUAGUAAUUGUUACCUGUUGACGACUUAAGACUUCAUUGUUGUAUAGUUUUGGAAAAUCUGAUGUGCUCUUGCACCUAUUUGUGGGCCCGCUAAAAAUAGGGCCCUGCUGGCAACACAUGUGCGCCUAUGAUUUGCAGUUCCAGAGGCUUUCUUCACAGACACAGGGCUCGAAAGAAACACAGACAACAUCUCAAUGGGGCUUUUAUAUGAAUAACAAAAUUCUACUACGAUCCAAGGCAGUGAAUUUUUGGCCAGCUGAGGACGUGACUAAGGAUUUUUUUUUAUUAUUUUUGGGGGGGGGGGCGGUGGUAAAAUAAUAGUGGAUUUCACAACUUUGGUGAAUAACUGCAGUGCACGAUGACUUCCAGGAGGCCAAUGACUCGCUCUUUUUCUGCCAACGGGAGGACCAGCAGCUUCAGCGAAGAGGACAGCAGCUCUUUAAAUGGCCGCACCGAAACCCGCAGUAAUUACCUCUCAAAUGUUAGGCCAGAAAACAGCUAUUCAAGGUACUCUCACUACAGGCCGACGAGGAGCACUUUGUGCACUGUCAUGGCUCAGCUUACCGAGGACGUACAACCAUCCUUUGAGACCACCUUAAAGUCAAAGGCGGUGUCGGAAAACUGUAACGUAAAGUUCACCUGUGUUGUAUCAGGUUAUCCAGCUCCAGAACUGAAAUGGUAUAAGGAUGAUAUGGAAAUGGACCGUUACUGUGGACUUCCAAAGUAUGAGAUCCACAAAAAUGGGAAACUUCACACCCUCCAUAUUUACAAAUGCACACUGGAUGAUGCGGCUAUCUAUCAGGUCUCAGCGAGCAAUAGCAAAGGUAUUGUCUCCUGCUCAGGGGUUUUAGAGGUAGGCACCAUGAGUGAGUUCAAGAUCCACCAGAGAUUCUUUGCCAAGCUCAAGCAGAAAGCGGAGAAGAAGCGUAAAGACUUAGAUGAGCUGAGCAAAAAGGAGGUCAAGGACAAUAUUCAGACAGAGGAACCGUGCAUUAGUCCAGAGCCACCCCCAAGGAAACGCCCAGUCCCGUCAGUGGAGCCGGUCCAAGCAGCUAAUGAGCCUGAAACUGUGGAGCAGCUGCACACUGCUGCAGGAGCCAAUGGAGUUAGCUUUGACGUCAAAGAAACCGCCUCUGCAAUACCUUUGGACAAUAGUCUGGAGAAGGACAUACCGGCCCCUGAGGAACUCGUGGCCAAGAAGAAACCAAAGAUCACCAAUGGUGUCGAUGCCGGCGUUAACACCACCACAAUUAGCAGUAGCAGUAGAGGCCAUAUGAUCGGAAAUGGAAGUGAAAACUGUUAUGACGGCGGAAUCAGUUUGGCGCAAUUUUUAUCCGAGAAUCUCCAAUCGCAGACUGAUGAAGAGAUCGAAAACUUACCUCAAUUGGAAAAAACGCAGGAGAUGGACGUAUGUAUCGAAAAUGCGAGUACAGAGAAAGAAGGAAGACUGGAAAAGUUACAAGCAGAAAAGGAACAGCAUGAAACGGCAAAAGAGAAAGAGAACAUAAAAGAAAAAGAGUUAGUUAUAGAAAUGGAGAAAGAAAAGGAAAGGUUGCAAGAAAUGUCACAUCUGGCAGAACACCCUAAACAUCACAGAAAAGCGCUCAAGGAUAAUGACCAUCAUAAUAUUCAGUCAUCCAUCUCCUCCAUGUUGCACACAGUCAAAGAUUUCUUCUUUGGGAAAGGGAAGAAGGACUCUCAUGAAUACACUGAAAACAAAGAUAAAGAACAUGACCACGUUCCCAAGUUCAUACAGCCUAAAUCUACACAAUCACAAACACCGCCAUCAUAUCGGCUGUACAAGAAGCAUCGGGCAGAGCUUGACAAAGCUCACAUGGACCAAGUUGUACCUAUGGAAAUUGAUAAGCCACCAGAGCCUUCAAAGUCUGUGGAUGUAGAACAACAGUCGGUGUCAAAGAAACUCUCGACAGCACAAGAACGUAAAGUAAAAGUUGAAGAAGCUGUAAAGUCUCCAAUUAUUGAAUUACCCCCUGGGAGACCAAAAGAGCCUACAGGACAAAGUAACCAAGAGACUGGGACUCUGGUGGAUAACAUGGAGGUAUCAGCAGGUGAAGGAAUCAGCGGUCCAGGUCAACAAACGCUAUUGUCCGGUCUUCAAGUUCUCACUGAGGCUGAAGAGAAACAUACUGAGGCAGUCACAAGUGCGGAUAUGGUUCUCUCACACCAACAAGAGUCAGAGACUCUGGUAGCUUCACCGCGACCUCAUCACCCCGCUGGACACGCUACAUCUUCACCCAGAGAUGAUAAGUCUCUCUCCCCAACCAGCCAAAGUUUCCCUCAACCGUCCAGCCUUAUAAAAGAUAAUCACGCUCCUCCUCUCAGUGUUAUCUCAGCUAUGGAGACAAGUAGCCUCUAUGUGACACCCACUUUGCAAGGGGGCGAGAUAAAUGUUGACAAGAUGGAUAAAGACAGUGAACCUGACAGAGAGGUGAACGACUCUUCCAAGAAAUUACGUGGGGAAACUAAAGCGAAUGUAAAAGAGCUACCCCGUCCCUAUAUAAUCAGACCCGAGGUGGCUGUAUUAACACCGCCUUCCCUGGAAAAGGGUAAACCUGCCAAAGAGGUGAACUAUCCUACCAAGAAGUUAUGUGUAAAAACUGAACAGAAGUUAAUGGAGCUACCUCGUCCUGCUUUGAACAGACCCGAGGUGGCUGUAUUAACACCGCCUCCCCUGGAAAAGGGUAAACCUGCCAAAGAGGUGAACUAUCCUACCAAGAAGUUAUGUGUAGAAACUGAAGAGAAGCUAAAGGAGCUACCUCGUCCUGGUAUAAACAGACCAAAGGUGGCUGUAUUAACACCGUCUUUGCUAGUAAAGUGUAAACCUGACAAAGAGGUGAACUACCCUACGAAGAAGUUAUGUGUAAAAACUGAAGAGAAGUUAAUGGAGCUACCUCGUCCUGCUUUAAACAGACCCGAGGUGGCUGUAUUAACACCGCCUCCCCUGGAAAAGGGUAAACCUGCCAAAGAGGUGAACUACCCUACCAAGAAGCUAUGUGUAAAAACUGAAGAGAAGUUAAUGGAGCUACCUCGUCCUGAUAUAAACAGACCCGAGGUGGCUGUAUUAACACUGACUUUGUUGGAAGAGGGUAAACCUGACAAAGAACUGGACUACCCUUCAAGGAUAUUAUGUGUACAAAAUGAAGAGAAAUUAAAAGAGAUACCCCGUCCUGAUAUAAACAGACCUGAAGUGUCUAUAUUAACAUUACAUUCACUGGAAGAGGGGAAACCUGCCAAACAGGUGAACUACCCUACCAAGAGGUUAUGUGUGGGAACUCAAGAGAAAUUAAAAGAGGUACCCUGUCCCGAUAUAAACAGACCUGAGGUGGCUAUAUUAACACCGACUUCGCUGGAAGAGGCUGUCAAAAUAAGGUUAAUUAAAGCACCCGUUCAGACAGUUGAGUCUAAUAUGGAAGCACGCAGUUCACAGAGAGAUCACACAAAGGAGGAGGCUGAAAGUGUUUCUCUCAUUCAGGAAAUGAAUGUAGGAUUUUUACCUGCUGCAGCCCCCAAGAUGGGUGACCUAAAAAUGUGGUCUGAAUACAUGCCUUUUUUAACAGAUGAAAGCAAAGAAGACUCAAAACUGAAACUACUGCAGAGUUCAGAGUCCGGUUUUAAAAGGCAUGAGACGAGAAGUGAAAGGAAGGAAGGAGUCACUGAUACUCGACUAAGAGACAUUGUAGAAAAUCUGAACAAUCUGAAAGAACAAAAGCAGGUGAUUGUACAACUUACUGAAACAAACAAUGACGUUUUGGAAAUGGUGACAGAAGAAAAGAAACCACUAGCAGUAGCAAAUGAGUUGAAGAAGGAGUCGGUCAAGAUCAUUACAGACAAGAAAGAUCAUAAGGAGGUUAAAUUAAGUGUUGUGGAAGAGGCUUCAAAAAUGGCGCAUCAAGGCCAUAAUGAGAAACAGCAGUGUUCCUCAGAAAAUGUUCCACUCGCGUCCGAUAUAAGCACAAAUAAAAGCACUGCCGUCCCAAGGAUUGAAAUAAUAGAGCCGCAACCCAAACAGUUCACUCUGCCACUAACUAUAUUAGCACUCAAGAAGAUAGAAUCAGACCCAAGUAUUUUAGAAAAACAUUUAAAACCGCAAGCUAUAGCCUGGGAUGUUCUUGAUUCUUCAGGUCGUGACCAUAAGCCAUCACCCUCAGAUGAAGCGAAGGAACUUUUGAAGUUAGAUGACAAGACAGAAAUAAUUUUGCAGGCAAGGAUGAAAGAUAGUCAGCAGCUCCCUCAGGUAAACUAUGCAACCAUUCCUCAAAUAAAUGUUUCAUCCAGCGAUGACAAGAAGGAUCAUAAAUUCGUAAACACGCAAGUCCUGGAUUCUCUGCAGCCCUUAGAAACGUCGACGGUGCCUUUGUUUGUGGUCCCGCCAAUAUCUGUCACUUGUCAUGAGAAUGAGAGCGAACCAAAGAAAACCACUCACACUGAGUGGACAGAAACUGAAACUUUGGUGGUCACACAGAGUGUAAGACAGCGUGGCUCUGGCAACGACACGACAGCUAUGUCUGAAAAACCUCAAGACAUGGCAGAACAAAGUUUAACAGAGAACAUUUCUUCUAUGCCAAAUGAAACUGUGCUACAAAGGAGGAAUGGCAGCGGGCCUUCAUUGAGUAGAACCACAGAGGACAAUAUUUCCCUUGAAAAACUGAAGGAAAACCCCUUAAAACAGGCUAAGAUUGACAGUACUGUGACUGUUGAGGACCUCCUCAGAAGCAGAGCCCCUGUUGAGAGACUCGCACACAAACCCCCCACUCAUCCAUCACUGAGUCCUGGCAGUAUCCGUAAAUUCAUGUCCAAGGCCGCUGCAGAGCUAGAAAGUGAUGCUGGGAUGAUGGUCCCUGUGAUCACAGUGGACGACCGUCAGCGCGACAAGGCGGACGAUGACACGAGUGGCGGAUCAACACCGACGUCCUCUACGCCGACAUCUUCGCUGUCAUGUGAAAGCAGCCCGAGGCUGAAACGAAGGGACAGUCUUUCACUCAUACGCUCGGCCACGCCCGAGGAGUUGGCCUCGGGAGCCCGCCGCAAAAUCUUCAUUCCUAAAGCUAAGGAGGAUCCGGACGAAGUUGCCGGCGCUCUGGAAGCUCAAAACAAGAAGGAGAGCCCCUACAUGUCCCCCAGCCAGGCUCGCAGAGCAGCGUUGCUCCAAGCCCCCGUGGGACAAAACACCCCCCCAACAGAGAGGCGCUCUCCACUGAUGAAUCGCAGGAAGACCACGCUGGAGGUACCCAAAGUGGUGGAGGAACCGCCCAAAGAGGACCCAGUCAAGGGUGUAAAAGAGGAGAAAGUUGCUGAAAAGAAGUUUGACCCUCUGAAAGCACCACAGGUCAUCCGUAAGAUCAGAGGAGAACCUUUCCCAGAUGCCUCCGGACACCUGAAGCUGUGGUGCCAGUUUUUCAACAUACUCUCCGACUCCACCAUUAAAUGGUUCAGGGAUGAAGAGGAAAUACUGGAGGUCAAGAGAAGUGCAGGGGAUGAGACCCAAGUGGCACUGGCUAUUGUUCUGGCUGCAAGCCAAGACUGUGGCGUUUACGGUUGCACCAUCCAGAACGAGUACGGCACAGACACCACAGACUUCCUCCUCAGCGUGGACAUUCUGUCUGAUAUACUUCUCAGAGAGGCUCUGGAAGUUGGAGAGGAGAUAGAGAUGACGCCACUGCUGUUCACCAAAGGCCUCGCCACCUCCAGCAACUGGGGCGACAAGUACUUUGGCCGCAUCAUGACCGAGAUGGCACACAUCGGCGAGGGUGUCAGCCAUAAAGCCAGCAGAGUGAAAGUCAUCUACGGCCUAAAUCCUGUCUAUGAGUCUGGAAGUACAUGUAUUAUCAAGGUUCCAAACCCCAUCGCCUACGGGACCAAGCAGGAUAACAACCUUAUAGACAGAAAUCUAGAAAUGACAAAACAAGAAUGCAAAAUCCAGAACAUGAUCAGAGAAUAUUGUAAAAUCUUCGCGGCUGAAGCAAGAGCAAUUGAAAACUUUGGCUCUUCACUAGAAGUGAUUCCUCAGUACCUAAUGUACCGACCCGCCAACUCAGUGCCGUACGCCACAGUGGAAGUUGACCUAAAGGGGGUCUUCCUCAAGUAUUGUGCGACAGAUGGUAAAGGCUGUCUGAUUGCUCAAAGUGCCUCUGAGAUGGAACAGAAAUGCAGCACCUUCCAGCACUGGAUUCACCAGUGGACGCACGGCAAUUUACUCAUCACCCGCAUGGAAGGUGUUGAAACGAAGAUUACAAAUGUUAGAGUAGUGACCAAAACAAAAGGGUACCAAGGCCUGACAGACUGCAGCUCUCCAGAAGUCUUUGAGCAGUUCCCAACGGUCCACCAGUGCAACUACUACUGCGGACUUCUGGGCCUUUGCCCGCUCAAGACUCAGGACCAGCAGCAGACCACCAAGGUAAAGGGUUCCAAAAGCCCCUUGCUCAACCGCAAGUUGACCCCAGGCUCCGGCAGCCCCCAGCCACACCGUAAAGGACACAGCCCUCAGAUGCCCCGGAAGGCUAAUGUGAGCCCGAAGGUGACGAGAAAAGUCCAGGAGACAAAGGACAUUGACUCAAACGGCAAACUCAAGCCUGCAGAAACUACUAAUGCUCUUGAAAUGAGGUAGGAAAUUGUUUUAGGUGUUUCUCUCCAGCUAGAAUAAGAAUACGAGUUUCUUUUUAUUUAAAAUGACCGUGAAAAAUCAUGGGAGAUCUUAUCCCUGCUAGAAAGCUGACUACAAUAUAAAAUCUUGCAGAGGACACGCAGAAGUGGAGGUACGCUUAACUCCUCCACACCGGGCCUCAUUAGAGUCGACGUUACGCUACUGAAUGAUCGCAAGCACGUGCCUCAGAGUUUUAUUAGCUCCACGAGUGGACUCUGAUCAGUACUUGUCACAGCAGAAAUAAGUUAGCUAUCAGCAAUGACUGUGAUCUUGAAGACAUGCUCUCUUUUUAUAUAGAGAUGUCCCUUUUUGUUUUAAAUGGCCACGUUUAGCCACAAAAGUGGUUUUACACACUGCAUGUUCAUCUGUGAUGCAAAGUCUAUGUGCAGGGGUAUGCUUUUUAUUUUUCGCCCAACUUGCUUAAAAGUACACUGCAAAUCUGAGUUUGCGCUGUUCAAUUAAGCUCAAUAAAAAUUUAAAUAUAGUGGACACUUCAUAAGGUACACAUGCACAAUCCAAUGAGUCACUGCAAGCGCUUUAUAGAUAAUAAUACUCAGUUUUGAGACAUUCGUUUAACAAUAUGUUUAUUGUUGAGAUUGUAGUUUGCAGUGAAAAACUGCACCAAAUCAUACUAAGUGAUUUAAUAUUUCGCUUACCUUUUCAAGUGAAAAAAAUACAUAUAUAUAUUUAUCAGUCAAAUGUUUUGGACACACUUUCUCAUGCUAUUGAAUGAGCAACUGUGUCCAAAAUAUGAACUGAUUGUGUAUAUACAGUAUAUAUAGUGGACAAAAUAAAUCAAUGCUCAUAAAAAAAAUAAUUCUCAACUGCAGGUAUACCUAAUGUUGUGCCAAGUGAGUGUAUUUGCGUGCACAGAAAUAAGUUAUGUUCAGUGAUUUCGGUUUCUGUAGUUUGCUUGCUUUAAGCAACAGUCACACUUACAGAUACAUUAUUACAUCCGUUAUUUUAACCAUGAUAAGGUACAGCUCAUUGUCAUGCAGACGCAGUACGUUGGCAGCUGUAACCUGAAAGCUGCUGAUUCAGCUCCACGCUGUAAUCUGGAGCCAACCCAUGGACACAUUGGGCAAAGUAGGCAAAAGAGCACACUCAGGAUUUUUCAAGAAUUUCACUCUCUAUGCAAAGCUCAAGUACAACCUAGUCGGAUAGAAGAGUUUGUACAUAAUCUCUAGCAAUGGCUGAUUUUUUUUUCCUAAAAAUAGAGCACAAAGGCUUCAACAUUGACAUUUGAUAUCUUUCCCUUUACACAAUCAAUGAAAAUUCCCAACAUAACUGGCAUGGAAGCAUCAGGAAUGUACAUUAUGUAAUGGAUUAUUGGUUAAUGAUCAGUGGGAAUCAGCGGCUGGCUUCAAAAAAUAUUUCACUUGCAUGGAGGGGAAAAAAUAUAUAUACUGAGAUAGAGAGCAUCAGAUAAGAGUGAAACACAAAAGUGUGGUGACAAAAGGACGAAAUAUUGUAAUUGGCCCAAAUGUGUGUGAGAGCGAGUGAGUGCGAGACAAAGAAGUAUAAAUGUACAUUUAUAAAGUGUUACACCAUGUCAAACUAAUCUAUUUUCUAUUUUUAAUAAAAAUGUAAAACAUU